AUGCAACCUCAUCAUCCUCUCCCACCUCUGACCGAUGGACCAUCAUCUCUCCCAAUCUUAUCCCACAACGGUUAUCCUUCCCUUCCACAACCCCAUCAUGUUAUCUCACCGCCAGUCGACGUCACCAGCAACGCAUCCACGAGUAGGCCGUUACCGCCUCCUCGUUCCGCCGCAUACCAGCAGCCACCUCCAGAGGUACUUCCCAUCCCUCAACCGGUACCCAGAGCCCCUUAUGCCCCACCCGUCUUCCGGACAUUUCAAGAUAGGAAGCGAGAAAAGGAGGCAUCUCUAUGGAAUCGACAGGAUGGAUACUCCACUCCUCCCACUGCCAUGCACCCAACGUUGGGUAGUUCGCACUCCAUUCCCUCCGUCGGCAUCAUGGACUCGCCCGUGACUCCUCAUAACGACUCUCCGGCCAAGCUCCCCUAUCCUGCUCCUCAGCCUCCUCCUAGAUCUCGACCGCUGCCAUCUCCUUUACCCAUGACACCGCCCCUCUCCUCCCAUGGCUCGCCCGUAAAACCUCCGAUAUAUCAACUACCCUACUCGCCAUUGCAGUCUACGAUCGAACGAUCCGACACCAUUUCCUCCGUCCGCUCUCUCGACCGUGUGGGCUUCGGCUCCCCCAGCAAACGACCCCUACCUAAACCUCCCGUGGUGGUCGCCGCUUCUAAAAGCUUGGACAGGGGUAUACCAAAUGGACUUUCCGACUUCCGCCGCCCCACCAGAAAACAGCCCUCUACCGUGGAAGAGAGUGAGCUGGAAGAGGGAAUCGGAGCAUUGGGACUGGGGAGGUCGACACCAGCGCCGCCAAGGUCACCGAUCAUCAAAGAGCCUUCGGUCUCUGGCCCAUACCCAGUUAUCUCAUUACCCGUGAUAGCUAAGACCACAGAUCCUAAAUCACCCGCCAAAUUCACUCCGUUGCCAGCACUCAACCUACCCGACAGCGACGAGGAUGAGCCACCGAGUGCUGGUAUUGCCUUCACCGGUUUGCCAGUGAUAGCAGUAUCUUCCGAGGAACCGGAGCAGCGGAUACAGUCUGUACCGUCAAUCAUUGAACCAGGUGGCGCCUCUCGCAGCGAGAGUCUGACCCGACUACAACCUAAUGCCGCUAUCAUAUGUAGCGCCUGUGGUGAACCUAUCAUUGGUCGUAUACUGAGUGCGAUGAACCAACGAUGGCAUCCACAAUGUUUCACAUGUGGCGAGUGCGGGGAGAAUCUGGAGCAUGUGAGCAGCUACGAAUGGGAAGGAAAGCCAUAUUGUCAUUUAGACUUCCACGAUAAAUUCGCCUACAGAUGUCAUCAUUGCAAGACUCCCAUUGUCGACUCUCGCUUUGUGACGCUCAAUGACGAGGCUCUCGGUCAGAGAUACUACCACGAAUUACAUUUCUUCUGCUCCGAGUGCGGUGAUCCAUUUCUCGACCCAUCGAACUCUUCCGCACCUGGCACCGAACACACCGGCGCACAAGACGAGGUGGAGACGAACGAUUUUGUCAUACACAAAGGUCACCCUUACUGCGAGCGGUGUCACUUGCGAUUACACAAGCCAAAAUGCAAGGGAUGCAGUCAACCUAUACCCGACAUGGCUGUCAGUGCUAUGGGUACGAAAUGGCACAAGGAAUGUUUUGUCUGUCAGCGAUGCGGCCAAGGAUUCGGUAAUGACCUCUUUUUCCCCAAGGAAGGAAAGGCAUUUUGCACGGAAUGUUACGAAUCGACAUUACGAUGA